AUCGGUCGAACCGGUUCGCGUGCGACGGCGUCUGCUGCGGUUCUCUCUCUCCCCGCGACCCAUCUCCUCCCUUCGCUCCCCCAGCGCCCGCCGCUCUCCACGCGGUCGGCCAGUGGCGUACGCCGCCCUCCACGCUCCCCUGCCCAGCUGCAGCUCGAGUCCGGCUGGUGCGGCAGCACCCUCCCUUCCCACGACUUCUCUGUUCUCUCUCUCGGCCCCGGUCUUCCUUUCCUAGCGGCGACGACAGGGCGAGUUGCGCUGCCCGUUGUUCGUCGAGCGACGGGCGCUUCGCCGGCGACGAACAUCCGCCAGGGGCACCAGGGUGAAAGGAAACUGUUACUAUCAUAGUUAAAGAAGACAUACAACCAUGUUUCAUAAUCUUACUUCAGAGCAAAUUUGAAUAUUACGCUCCAGCUUGCUUGAGUAGAAUCCAAGGCGCUCUAGGGCACUUCCACAUUAAGGAGCUACUAAGUUCCGUGCAUGGCCAUGACUUCUGAAGAUGGAGACAUCCUGGCUCUCCUGUCAGAACCAAGUCUAACAGAAGAGCAACUUGAGGCUUCUGAAUCUGAUGAUAUAUUGCCUGCUAUUCUAGAAGCCAUUAAAUCAAAUGCGAAGGCAGUUGAACCUUCACCCGAAGAGGCUGCCUGGGCUGAUUCAUGUUUCGUUCAGACUUCUGAACUGUCAGAUCAUGACUGGGGAGCAAUGAGGAAUGCCUUGCUUGAUGCCCUUGAGAAGCCAACAGAAAGUCCCUUUGAUACUUCUGAAGCUGUGCAUGACCAAGGCGUCCAUUCUAUCUCAGAGGCAAAACGUCAGCAUGAUGAUGUGCACAUGGAGCAGAUGGACAAUAGCGAUGAUGACAAGGAUAGUAGUCAAGAUUGCGAAGUUGCUGAUGUAAUCAGAGGUGCAGAUGAACAUGGAAAGCAAAUGGAUAGUUAUGCAGUGAAACCCGAGGAUGGUGAUGAGCUGGCUUCACCUGAAGUUCUUGAGCAGGCAGAGUCGACAGAUUCUAUCUUCAAGGUUUGGGAUCUGGAGCUGUCUUUUUCCGAUGAUGAUGAUGGAGAGCUUGAACUCAUCAAGGAUCUGAAGAAGCUCCUCAAGGAGAAUGGCAGCCCUCCAGAGGCUGUAUAUCCAACCUUGCCUCUUGAUGACACAACAAAGUCCUUGGAUCAGAUUAACAUCGAUGAGCUUGUGGUGGGCUUGAGUGACUUGUCAAUACAGCAAACCAACAAGUAAGAAUUGUAGGACUGUAGCGCACCUUUAUCCAUCCAUCUGUGAUCUUGUGGUUUGCUCUCUACGACAGCACUAAUCACUUCUUUGAGAGGGGUUUAUAGACCUAAGGUUUAGGCCAACUGUUGUGCUGUGUGUCCUGUAGGAUCUCCAUGUUGGUUGCUGCUAAUACUUGAAAUGAGGCAAAAAUGGAGAUGCUUAGAUUGAAUUCAUGCUUUUAGUUGUUUUGUUCUAUUUGUACGCGUGCUGGUGUCUCUUUGUUUUUUUUCCUUUCUUUCUUGACCCGUGUCAACAUAACCAUAAAGUUAGCUUUUAAGCAUGUGACGGAUUGAGUUCAGUGA